CUUCAAAAAAAAAAAAAAAAAAAGAAAAUCUGACAUCGAAAGAAAAAAACUCAAAAAACUCUCCUACUCUUUCUCUCUCCAAAAUAAAAAAAAAAACCCUAACACACAAACACAAACACAAACACAAACACACACUCUCUAUCCCCAAAUCCCGCUAUUCAAACUCCUAGUUUCUCAUUUCUGUAUCUUUGGAUUUGUGGUUUCAAUGGUGUAAAGAUUGAAGCAGAAAGAGAGAGUGUGAGAUUUGAUUUGGAAGGAUCUGUAAAGAUAUAUAAUUUAUAUAUUAUUAAUUUUUUUUAUAUAAGUUAUUAUUAGAGAGAGAAACAACAUAAAAGAAUGUCGUCGAGUGAUAAAGAGCUGGAGCAACAGCUUAUGGAAGCUGGAAAUAAGCUUCUCAAUCCUCCUCCUUCUGUUGAUGAACUCCUUCCUCUUCUUGACCAAGUUGAGAAUUGUCUAUCGAAAGUGGAGCAGUCCCCUACAGCAUCAAUGAAAAGUGCACUUUCCCCAUCACAGAAUGCGUUGGUUGCUGAUCCACUUUUUAGGCAUUCAGACAUUGAUGUGAAAGUAGCAGUUGCGUCUUGCAUUAGCGAAAUUACUAGGAUAACUGCACCUGAUGCUCCUUAUGAUGAUGAUCAGAUGAAGGAUGUUUUUCAGCUAAUUGUAUCAUCAUUUGAAAAUCUAGCUGACAAGUCUAGUCGAUCAUAUGGUAAAAGGACUUCAAUUCUCGAAACUGUUGCGAAAGUUAGAUCAUGUGUUGUGAUGUUGGAUCUUGAAUGUGAUGCUCUGAUAAUUGAGAUGUUCCAGCAUUUCCUUAGUGCUAUAAGGGAUUGUCACCCAGAGAAUGUCUUUUCUUCCAUGGAGACCAUUAUGACCCUUGUCUUAGAAGAAAGUGAAGAGAUAUCCCCAGAACUACUGUCUCCACUUUUAGCUAGUGCAAAAAAGGGCAAUGAGGAAGUUCUACCUGUUGCUCGUAAGUUGGGAGAGAAAGUGCUUGAAAGCUGUGCUGCUAAGGUUAAACCUUACUUGCAACAUGCUGUGACAUCACUGUGCAUAUCAUUAGAUGAUUACAGUGACAUUGUUGGAUCUAUAUGCCAAGAAAUGUCUGGUUCUGUUGAGCAAAAUGAUCAUGCUGCUGAUGAAAAUAAAGUUGAAACAUUGAAGCCAGCAGGAGGAUCAUCUGACGAGGCUGCCCAGGCUGAUGUGGAAAUAGUACCAGAAGCAGAUUCUUUUAAACAAGCUGAUCCUAUAAAUGACAAAUCUCCUAAGUCAGUUGUGAGCAAUGGUGCUGCCCAGGUUGGUGAGGAUGACUCCUUGGCAGAUUCUUGUUCAUUGAAGAAAAAGGAUGAUGGUGAUCGUGCCAAUCAGCUAACAGGUGGUGUUGAGACACCAAGCAAUGCUGAGCCUGAUAAAUUGGAUGUUGAGAAGGCAGUUAUUGAGGAGAGCAAGCCAGAACAGGCUAGUAAGUCGAGAGGAAGGAAAGUUAACUCAUCAACAAAGUUGGCAGAACCUUCUGAAAGUUUUCAGAUUGGUGCAGAAGAGGAAGCUCAAAAAUUACUGGAUGCUAAACCUCCUAGCAAGGAUGUUCCUAGCUCUCCACGUCAGGAAGCAUCCACAGACGAAGCUUUGUCUUUGGAUAUUAAACAAGAGAUUGAUAGCAGUCAGCCUUCCUCUCCAAAGGCACAAGAGGGUGAAAUUAAAAAUGAGGCUGAUGGUAGUCAGCCUUCCUCUCCAAAGGCACAAGAGGGUGAAUCUAUGUCAGUUGCUUCUCCAUCUGGAAGUGGCAGCCUUCCUGAAGAAAGUCUUUCCAAGAAGGCUGGACGAUUGAAGAGGAAAGACAGUCUGAUCAAAGAUUUGGAGCCAUCUGCUGAAGAUGUUCCUAGAAAGGCAUCUGAAGGAACAAGUGACUCGGAAACUAAACCAAACAAACGUUCUGCUAGAAAGGGGCCUGCCAGGAUUUCCAAUGAGGAAAAGGCACCUGCUGGGAUCUCCAAUGAGGAAAAGGCACCUGCUAGGAUCUCCAAUGAGGAAAGGGCACCAAUGGCAACGGAUGUGUCCCAGAAGGAAAGUGGCCCUACUGAUGAAUCAGAGGAAAAACCUCUGAAGCAACCCUCUAAAAAGGCGGAUUCAAGCAGUAAUAAUGGUGAUGGAUCUUCAUUAAAUCAACCUGAGGAUAAGAAACAGCGCAGUCGUGGAAAGUCUACCUCAGAAAAGAAACUGUCCAAAAGCUCAACCAAAGAUUAUGACAAGGAAAAAGUCUCUUCACCAAAAUCAGCUGCAAAAUCAACUAAAGAUUUGCAUUUAUUGGAAGAGACACCCAAGACUGAUACCAAGAGGAAGCGUGCCUCGGAUAGUAAAAAGGCAUCUGGAGAGAAAGACUAUGACUCUGAUCUCGUUGGUUUAAGAGUUAAAGUUUGGUGGCCACAUGAUCGCGCAUUCUAUGAUGGUGUGAUUCGUAAUUAUGAUCCAGUCAAAAAGAAGCAUGAGGUUGCAUAUGAUGAUGGAGAAGUGGAAAUAUUAAAUCUCAAAAGGCAAAGGUGGGAAUUUAUUGAAGAUGAUGGUACGCCAGAUGAGGAAGAAGAAGUUGAUUCCCGAAGUCUGGAUGUUGCUUCUGAAAGGCCUCCAAAGAAGAAAGCUAAAACAAUUCCCAAUCGGUCUUCUAAGCUAGGAAAGGUGGAUGCUUCUCCAGUGAGGGGGGGAGGGGGUUCCUCCAGCAAACCCAAAAGUGCAGUAACAAAAUCUGGACAAAAGUCUAAAGAAGUUGGAAAAACAGAUAGCAAAUCUUUGGAUGAUCCAAAAGCCAUCAAAAAAGUAGAGGAUGAUAGUGUUGGCAAAACUAAAGAUAAAAGUGGAAUUAAAUCUACUGGCAUUAGUUCAAAGACAGCCAGCAAAUUGAAAAUUGAUGACGUCAGUACAUCCAAGACUGGCAAGUUCAAAGAGGAUGGGUCUAAAACACCCAAAUCCUCCAAGUCCAAGGAUGAAACCAGGAAAACUGGCAAAUCCAAGCAAGAUACACCAAAGGUUACCCCCAGUGCCAAGGGUAAAUCUCCAAAGACCAGUGGCAAAUCAAAUGUUAAUGGUACUGGAAAGUUGAAAUCUGGUGCUUCGAAAGGUAAAGAAACUGAAGAAACUGGAGAGAAUUCAACAGAUUCAGAUGAACCACAAGAAAGUAUGAAGGGGAAGUCUCUGAGCUCAACCAAAAGACAGGGAAGCGAGGGAAAGAGUGGGAAAAAGCGGCGAAGAGCUUAAAGUUUACCCGUGCUAUCUUAAUUGCUAUUUGUUGCAGCAAAGCUGUCUAGUCUCUGCAUGUCAGUAAGGACCCCAGCCACUUCUUGCAGCUCUUUUUGUUGAUGUCCAAGCGUCGCAUUCACACAGUAGGCCAUUGUUUGGGUACUAGGUGUCUUUUGACAUAAUUCCUAGGCUUUGGCUAUUUCAAAAACAGUUUAGUGUAGUUUAUAGCAGUUGUAGGAUUAGUUUUCCUUUCUGUUAAUUGUUUCUAGAUGGAAAUUAUGUGAAUUGGGAGUGGCGGUAGAGUACAUUGAGUUAGCUUUGUUAAAUAGAUGCUUUUAUAGGUAAUGUCACAGAUUCGCAAUCUCGCUGUCA